UUUGUGUUACCCUGUUUCUAUUUUUUUUUUUUUAUUUUUUUUUAUUUAUUCUUUCUUUCUUUCUUUCUUUUUAUUAAGCAAUCCCCCAUUCCAUUCGUUUACAUAUAAUAUAAUUUAUGAUAUCUUGAUGUAUUUUUUAUUCUAAAUGGAACAACAACAACAACAUGCUUAUCAAGUAGCGGAAAAUCUCAUUCGCUCUACCACGCCACUUUCACAUCAAUCUUCUCGAGGAUCUCGGACAGAACUUGUAGGCAAACGUACAUCUUCACCUAUGACUCUUGUUUCACCAUUACCUCAUAAUGCCGUUAUAUUCCAUACUUCAAGAUCUCCUCAAGAAUCAGAUUCAAGUUUUCAUGAUUAUAUUGACCGACAAUUUCAACAGGAUGCUUCUACUUUGAUCAAUCAGGACAAGACUCAUGAUGAAUCAAUGGAUAUAGAAAAACAAACAAACGAUAAUGAUAAAACACCAAACACAUUAUGGGCAGCAAUAGAAUCGGAUUUACAUCAAGUCAAGAGUAUCAUACCCUCAGAAGAACGACGACCUUGGUGGGUAUGGGAUAAGGAGGAUGGUGUUCAUUCAAUUGGCAUGUAUUUGUUUCUCUUUGGCUUUUUGUUUCCUCCUCUCUGGUGGAUAGGUGCUUGUUGGCCAAGACAUCCUGAUCAAGGUGGUAAAAUGGCAAGACGUUGGCAACAAUUAAAUCGAUAUUUAUCUAUUGGAUUUAGUAUUAUCCUUGUUAUUGUCAUCAUCGUCGUCGCGGCUCUUUAUGGUUCACAUGUUGCAUGAUCUCUCUUUCUCUCUCUCUCUCUC